AAUAGAAAGACUUGUUCGAAUGUGGGAGGCGAACAGCUCGGACAGCUUCUGUGACACAACACCACCACCACACCACCUGCUACUCUUUUCUACUCUCUCUCUCUCUCUCUCUCUAAACAUGUACAUUUCUUCACAGUAGCACCCUCCCUCUCUCUUUUUCUCUCUAUAUCUAUAUAUAUAUUUAUAUCACCACAAAAUGGUUACUAUCGCCACCGAGUCCCAAGCCUCCGGCCUAAAACCAGAGUCCCUCAUUCGAAUCGACAUCAGCACACUGUCUCAGUCGGAGCUCCACGCCCUAUCUCUCUGCUCCGACGCUGCAUUCGAUCUCCACCGCACCCACGACGUUGUUGUCCCCCAAAUUGACAAAACCCUCUUCAACGAGAGCGCCGGAAGCCGCCGCCAGACCUAUUCCCGCCUCCGCCUCGACUCAACCUCCGCCGGCCACCGACGCCGCCUCGCCGGCCUCAUCCCCAACCCCAAACCCCCUCCCGCCCCCACCAACCAUGACCCCGAACGCGCCGAAAACAAAUCCAUCGUCAAUUACCUCAAACACCUCAUCUCCGGCAACGACAUCGAAAAUUUGCCACCGGAAACGGAGGCGGUUCAAGAAACACCGACUACUGCCUAUGCACAAGCGGAAUUGGGUAUCCAGGAACUGCAAAUUGCGCUCCAUUCUAGCGAGAGAAAGAGAAAGAGGGGGCGAAAACCUAAGCUGAAGGUUGUGGAAAAUGGUGAUGGUGGUGGUGUUGAAUUGGAGAUUUUGAAUAGGAAUGGUGCGGCUGUUGAUCUUGCGGCAUUGGCAAAUGGGGAUGAUUUGUAUGGCGCAGAAUUGAGGAGGAGGACUUUUGGGUUGGAGACUGAAGAGGAAGUGUUAGGGUUUUUGAGGGAUUUGGAGGGACAGUGGGGUAGUAGGAGGAGGAAGAGGAGAAUUGUUGACGCCAGCGAGUUUGGCGACGCAUUGCCGGUUGGAUGGAAGCUCUUGCUAGGACUCAGGAGGCGAGAAGGCCGUGUGUCUGUAUACUGUCGCAGAUACAUAAGCCCUACUGGACAACAGUUUGUAUCCUGCAAGGACGUCUCUUCAUAUUUGCAUUCCUAUUUUGGACUUGAUGAUGCAAACGAGCCAAUGGAGCAGAGUGGCAACAUUCAGCAGGCCUACGGAGUGGCUUCUGAAAGUCAUGUAGGUCUUAACCAUAAGGAUGAUAACAGAAAGCAAGAGAUCCUUCCCAAUUCAAUUUUACCCAGUUCAUUAAUUUCUGAUGCACAUGAGAAGGAAGUUGUCUUAAUGGAGAUUGACAAUCUGGCCGAGGUUCAAGUGCGGGAUCUUUUUGAAUGUUACAAAUGCAACAUGACUUUUGAUGAAAAAAAUACGUAUCUGCAGCAUCUGUUAUCAUUUCACCAGCGGACCACAAGGAGGUAUAGACUUGGUACAUCUGUUGGGGAGGGUGUGAUAAUUAAAGAUGGAAAAUAUGAAUGCCAGUUCUGCCAUAAGGUAUUUCAGGAAAGGCGAAGAUACAAUGGCCAUGUGGGAAUCCAUGUGAGGAACCAUGUCAGGAGUUCUGAAGAAUCACCUGGUGAGAUUGCAGUAGCAAAGCACAUUGAAUCUUCAUGCCAGGAUGAGUUGCCUCAGAGGAUAUCUAAAAUGGAUGCUUUAAUUGAAAUUGCCCAGAGUUCUAUUUUAGAAAGUGGCAGUGGACCUAAUGAUAAACUUGAUGAUGAUUCAUCUCAUAAGCUAAACAUGGUUACCAGACCAGAAAUUCUUGCUGCCCAUUCUGAUCAUGAAUUAAGCUUGGCUUCUCAACCCUGUGACAAGGAAUUGGAAGACCACAUGACCAACAGAGCUUCGAGUCAAGAGAAAAAUCAGCAUGGUAACAAGUCUAAUAUGACUUCUUUUUGUACAACCACUUCCGAGCAUCCCAAGCCUAGUGAAGUGGAAAAACAUGGAAAUAGUGAGCUAGAGAUUGGUUUUGCAAACAGGCACAUCAAACCAAAUGAUGUUGAAACAGAGAGUGUAGGGCAUCCUGUUGAAGAAUUUGUUGUUCAGAACAUGGUUGCUGUCUCUUCAAUGCCCAAGCCUAAUGAAGUGGAUAAAUGUGGAAAUAGUGAGCUAGAGAUUGGUUUUUCAAACAGGCACAUCGAACCAAAUCAUGAUGUUGUAACAGAGAGUGUAGGGCAUCCUGUUGAAGAAUUUGUUGUUCAGAACAUGGUUGCUGACUCUUCGAUGCCCCUGACUGAACCAGACAAGCACAUCAAACCAAAUCACGAUGUUGUAACAGAGAGUGCAGGGCAUCCUGUCGAAGAAUUUGUUGUUCAGAACAUGGUUGCUGACUCUACAAUGCCAGAGAGUGUAGGGCAUCGUGAUGUUGUAACAGAGAGUGUAGGGCAUCCUGUUGAAGAAUUUGUUAUUCAGAACAUGGUUGCUAACUCUUCGAUACCCUUGAUUGAACCAAGCAGGCACAUCAAACCAAAUCAUGAUGUUGUAACAGAGAGUGUAGGGCAUCCUGUUGAAGAAUUUGUUAUUCAGAACAUGGUGGCUGACUCUUCGAUGCCCCUGAUUGAACCAAGCAGGCACAUCAAACCAAAUCAUGAUGUUGUAACAGAGAGUGUAGGGCAUCCUGUCGAAGAAUUUGUUAUUCAGAACAUGGUGGCUGACUCUUCGAUGCCCCUGAUUGAACCAAGCAGGCACAUCAAACCAAAUCAUGAUGUUGUAACAGAGAGUGUAGGGCAUCCUGUCGAAGAAUUUGUUAUUCAGAACAUGGUAGCUGACUCUACAACGUCAGAGAGUGUAGGGCAUCCUGUUGAAGAAUUUGUUAUUCGGAACAUGGUCGCUGACUCCUCAAUGCCCCUGGCUGAACCAUUACAACUUCCGGCGUUUACUGCUAUACGAAAUGAGGGAGCAGAUGAACUUUGUAUGGUUGAUCAAAAGCAUCAUAAUGCAACAGGGUUUGAGGAGUUGAGGUUUGAUGAAUUAGAACCUUUGAAAUUCAGUUUUGUGAAUGGGCAAGAGUCACUGUCUCCACCAGAGGUAUCCAUGGAGUUGGCAAAUGAUGCAGGGAUGGAAGUGGGGUUCUCUUCCUCGGUCCAAUUUGAAUCGGAGGCAAUCAUGUUAAGCAUGACUUCUAGGCAUCAGCUUACAACUAUAUGCGUAUGGUGCAGAGUAGAGUUUAACAUUGAGGCUUUCGAUUCUGAAUCUCAAUCAGAUUCUGUUGGUUUUAUGUGUCCAACUUGCAGGGCUAAAAUCUCCGGGCAGCUUAAUGUAUUGGAUGGUGGCCUGUCCGCAAAUUCACACUUUUUCUGAUCAAUUUUGCCUCUCCCACAUGGUUUUUAAGGAUGAUUCUUCUCAGAUGGGAGUGGUAUGGUUGGUGGGAGAUACUUAAAGUGGCCAAACUUGCAACAGGAAGUGAACUGCACUUGUGCAAUGAGAAAAUUGCAUUGCGAUGGAAUCUCGUAGCGAGAAUCAGGAAGUAGACUUCACUGUUAUGUAUGUAUAUGGUCUUUUUGCUGGAUAUUAUCCGUCAAAUAUAGUUCCUAGGCUUGUUGUGUGUGUUAUCAUAUGGUGCAUUGUCUCAUAUCAGUCCUUUUGGUGGUAAUAAACUAGAAAUUAAGGAUGACUGAGUCGCCAUGGACUUGAAUCAAAUAUACGUAUAUAUAAUACAUGUAAUAAUGUGUAUUUAUUUGUAUGUUUUAUUUCCUUCA